UGCCUCAGUAACAUCACAGAGGAGCUGUCCUAGUGCUGAAUCCAGAACAAGGAAUAACACUGACGAGGGUUUUUCGAACAUCAUUUUGGAUUUUAUUUUUUGUUUUGUUUUUUUAUAAUUUCCAAUUUUUAAAAAAAGAUGCCUCGAUCUUUCCUCGUUAAGAAGGUGAAAUUAGAUAAUUUCCACUCAUCCUCUGCAGUCUCAGCCUCGGAACAUCACAUUGAUAGCGCGUAUGCACUAACCAAGUCUAUCACAGACUCUGUAGAGAGCUUAGGGCUCCGGGUCACAGAGAACGGGUACAUUCACAGCUACAUCAGCCCGUCCGUGUAUGAGAGCGGAGCGGAGAGGCAGGGGGGAGCCGGAUCCCCGGGCCCCAUCUAUACCAAAGUCAAUGAGGUUUAUGGAGAACCCGAGGCCCUGGAGCCCGACAGCCCGCAGUCAGAGUUCACCGCCGGCUACUUUAACGGCGAGGCAGCCGUCAGCGAGGGCUACAGCAUGGACGCGUUCUUUAUCACGGACGGGCGGGCGAGGAAACGACCGGAGAGCGCUGCUCGCACCGCCCAGCGGCACAGCUGCAGCGAAUGCGGCAAGACUUACGCCACCUCGUCCAACCUGAGCCGGCACAAGCAGACCCACCGCAGCCUGGACAGCAAGCUGGCCCGCAAGUGUCCCACCUGCUCCAAGGUGUACGUGUCCAUGCCCGCCCUGGCCAUGCACGUCCUGACCCACGACCUCAAGCACAAGUGUGAGACGUGCGGCAAAGCCUUCAGCCGGCCCUGGCUGCUCCAGGGACACGUCCGGUCCCACACCGGCGAGAAACCCUUCGGCUGUGCCCACUGUGGCAAGGCGUUCGCCGACCGCUCCAACCUCCGCGCCCACAUGCAAACCCACUCCGCCUUCAAACACUUCCGAUGCAAGCGCUGCAACAAGACUUUCGCUCUCAAAUCCUACCUAAACAAGCACUACGAGUCCGCCUGCUUCAAGGGGUCGCAGGAAGGAGAUUCCUGAACGCCUGCGCUUCAAAGGGGGCAGGGGAGAGGGAGGGGGAACAAAAUACAAAAAAAAAACACACACAAACCCACACACACAGCAGAAUGGGAAAAAAUGAUUUAAAAAAAGCACCUUCCUUCAUUUCAAAGCAAUACUUCCUGAGAUUAAUCUUUCUAAAAAAAACUAUGCUGGAUCUUUGUUGAAAAGUUGAAAAUAAAACCUCCAAUAAGUUCAGCUUGCAAAACUGAGGGACGAUACAAAAUGCAAGCAAGGACUACUCUACUCUACUCUACUCUUCUGCCUUUCCUUUGGACAAAGGACGGAAGAAAUGGGAUGGAAAGCACUGGGAUAUAUUUGUGACUGUCAAAGCACAUACGUGUGCACAGAGCACACGUGGACACAUUCACACGUUCAAACAGGCAUGUGCAGGUGCACAGGCACACACAUGCAUCCACACACACGCACACGCAUGCACACACACACGCACCGGUUACAUUUGCUCUCCCAGGACAUGCCAACGACAUACAUCGCUUGCAUGCACGCACGCACGCACAUGCAAAGAUGACCUCUGUAUUUUCGAUGCUGCUUUUUUGCUAAAGGAGGGGAAAAAAUAUUUAUUGCAUCUUCCAAGGUGAUUGAAUUGUACUCGACUUUUUUAAAACUGUUCACUUACGGGGUGUUUAUUGUUUCUGUUGAUCUGCAGACGAGAAAAUGUUUUUGAGUGUGUUGCUUGGUCAAUGUGGAGCGUGACUUAAGGCAAAUCCGUUUUUAUUUUUACACAACGAGAACUGUUUGUGCCAUUGCACUGAAUUCCUCUACAGUAGAAUCCAGAGAUUUGGCUGCUGACAGGAAACUCUUAUUUCAGCUUUAGGCUUUAAAGAUACAGAGCGGAAACGGGCCCUUCGGCCCACCAAGUCCGCUACACUAGCACUAUCCUGCACACCAGAGACAAUUUGCAGAAGCCAAUUAACCUUCAAACCCAUGUGUUUAAGAAGGAACUGCAGAUGCUGGAAAAUCGAAGGAACACAAAAAUGCUGGAGAAACUCAGCGAGUGCAGCAGCAUCUAUGGAGCGAAGGGUUUCGGCCCGAAACAUAGAAACAUAGAAAUUAGGUGCAGGAGUAGGCCAUUCGGCCCUUCGAGCCUGCACCGCCAUUCAAUAUGAUCAUGGCUGAUCAUCCAACUCAGUAUCCCGUACCUGCCUUCUCUCCAUACCCCCUGAUCCCCUUAGCCACAAGGGCCACAUCUAACUCCCUCUUAAAUAUAGCCAAUGAACUGGCCUCAACUACCCUCUGUGGCAGAGAUGUCCAGAGAUUCACCACUCUGUACCUCUUAUAGUCAGGUGAAUGUAUCAUGCAGAAAUUAUAUUCCUCACCUAUCUAUAUUCUAUAUUACUGAUUGAUCAAAUACCUACUGUAGGUUGGCAAAAGUACUGGAGAAACUCUUAUUCCGUUACGGCCCGAAACGUUGCCUAUUUCCUUCGCUCCAUAGAUGCUGCCGCACCCACUGAGUUUCUCCAGCAUUUUUGUGAACCUUCAAACCCACACCUCUUUCGGAGUGUGGUAGGAAACCGGAGCACCCGGAGAAUACCGAUGUGGUCACAUGGAGAAUGUACAAACUCCGUACAGACAUAGUCAUGAUCAAACCCGAAUCUCUGGCUGUGAGUUAGUAGCCACUGGACCGCCCCCAGUGUGGCCU